AUGCCUGUGCGUCCCAGUUUCGUGGCUUUGCCGGCCCCAGAGGAGAUCCAGUGCCCCGCGUGUGUGCGACUUCAGCAGUUCGGGUCUGUCUUCGGACGACUGGCUGAUCUGGCAGCGCAUGUGCGCCGGGCGCAUGACUCUGCGGGGCUAUGGUUUCGCUGUGAGAUUUGUAGGCCACAUGAAGAGAUCUGGUCCCUGAGGGCAGCGAGGCUGCAUUUUGAGACGGUGCACCCGGGCCCGGGCAUCGAGCCGGCGCUGCCGGAGGCAGAUGGUACGGACUCGGAUCUCGCGUCUGACGAUGAGGAGGAGGAUGAGAGGGUUGCCGUUCGGGAGGUGGUUUCCCUGGUGCGUGACCCGGGUGAGCCGGGGUUCCUGCGUGUGCCGGUGCCGCUACCGGCCGUGUUGACGUGCAUCCUCUGUGGGACGCAUGGCAUCGGGCUGAGGAUCCGGGGGCGGUACUCAGCGUGGUCGGACAUGUGGAAGCACAUGAAGCGACACCACCCAGAGGUGACUGCGGUGGAGUUCCGCUGCAGGUUAUGUGCUUCCGCAUUUUCGGGCGCUGGAUAUCCGCUGAGGGUGGCUCAGAACCACGUUGCCAACGUGCACAGAGCUGAGGUGCGGAGACUCGCUGCACGUAGGGCGCGAGAGGCAGGCCUGGGCGCGCCAGCACGGACUCCACCUGCUCGUGUGGCCCGGCGGGAGGCACGGCAUUCUUCAGAUGAAGACGCUGAUGAUCCGCAGCCCCGGCCGUUGCCACCGCGGCUGCUGUCUACGGUGCCUGGUCCCUCCCACCGUCUCUCUCCGCCUGCACGAGAGGAAGGCCAGGAGACGUGUAUUGUUUUGCCCCCCAGGAAGAAGAGAAGGACAUCACCUGGACCCGUCACACCGGUGCGCGACGAUGCAACGGGGAGGGAGGCUUUGUUUCUGUGCCGCAGGAAGAAGCUGUCACUGUCGCUUCGCACGACACCCCGCCCCAGGUCACCGGCACCCAAUGGGACUCUAACACCUGCGCCCGCGCAGGUGUCCACCAAUGAGGAGGAGGCGGCCGAGUUUCUGUCAAGGAUACUGCCGCUGCACCCGAGGCCGUCACCAGGUCCGGCGUGCCGUCCCUCCUAUCCCCAACGGGAGGAUGUCCCAGUGUUGGCGCCGGAGCAGGAGAGCAUCAAAGCAGUGUAG